CUUGUUGGUUGGUUAUUGAGGUUAUUUCUUGUUUCUGUGGAAAUGAGUAGUAGAAAGUAGUAGUAGCGUUUUGUUUUUUAUAUAUAUUUUACUUCAUAAAAUGUUAUUUAAAUCAUGACUGACGUAGAGAAGAAACUAGCGGAGUACAGAGCUAGGAAGGCAUUAGAAGAAAAACCAAAAACUUCACGAAAACUGUUCAGUUUUUUCUCCAAAACAAAAGAAUGUGAUAAGGACAAGGACUUGAAAAAGAAACUUUUGGAUGAGAAUGAUGUAGAUGAACCUGAUUCAAAAACAUUGAUAAGCAGUGACAAUGACUUGGAAAGUGACGUGGAUGUAGAUGAUUCCCUAAACUGUUGUACAUACACUGAUCUUUUUUACUAUGGUUUAUGUCUCGCACUGUGGGCCACGCUUUGGUCUAUAUUUAUUAAAUUGCAGUUCGGCACAGUAUACUUCUUAACUUCAGGUCUUGUUGGGAUAUAUCUCAACACAAGGACUAGGCCAAAGGUGAAAGGCGAAGUCAGUGCUUAUUCAGUUUUCAAUAAAGAUUGUAAAAGUAUCGAUGGAACUCUUAAAGCUGAACAGUUUGAAAGAGAAAUUCGUUAUGGAUCUGCUGCAGUGCAUUAGAGGCAAAUUUUCAACUACAGCUGGAACUCUGGCAGUAUUAAAUACCCAGUCUUUUUUUAGAAUUUGUUGAAUUACCUAUAACUCGAAUCCAAAAUUUGUUUUAUUCAUAAUUCAAAUUGGUUGUCCAGUAUAUUUUGUACUUAUUGAAAAUAUAGUGAUUCAUUGAAUACCAUGAAAAA